AUGCUGGAAGACCCAGAAGUGCGUAAAGUGCGCCUUGGAGGUGUGUCCUAUGCGGUGGGCCAUAUAAGUCGUUUAGCAAGAAUUGCUGGAAGCUCUACCCACUACGUUAUGAAUAAGACACUUCGAAUAAUCCAAUUGAAUAUAAGGAAGCAGGGUGCCGUGCAUGAAAGCUUAAUAAACGACGAAUAA